AUGGGAUCCCCUAUCACAGCCCCAUUCGGUCAAUGGAAAAGCCCAAUCAGCUCUACCCUGCUGGGCGCAGACGGCGUGCAGUUCGAAUCCAUCGUGACAUCAAACGGCAAGGUCUACGUGAUUGAAUGCCGACCGAAAGAGAAAGGAAGAGGCUGUAUUGUUGAGUACUCGGGCAAGGAAGGGCGCGACAUCUUGCCGGCCAAAUAUAAUGCUCACAGCAAGGUCCAUGAAUAUGGCGGUGCCUCAAUGAUCGCAUACAAUGGCCGCAUCAUCUUCUCCGACGGAGAUACACAGGACCUGCAUAAACUCGACCCCUCCACGGGCGAGAUCGAGCGCAUCACCAACACAGACACCGCUCUCCGUUAUGUAUGUACUUCCGCCAUUAGUUCGUCAACAGACAAAAAUGCGCAGCCGGAAUGGAUUCUCGCAAUUGAAGAAGACCACACCAAGCCCUUACCGUCGGAAGUUCGGAACCGGCUCGUAGCUGUCAAUAUGCAAAGCAAAGAAAUUGUCAAUAUCGCUUCCGGUGACGAUUUCUACAGCGCAGCGCAGUUCUCACCCGAUGGUCGCAGCGUCUGCUGGAAUCAAUGGUCGCACCCGGAUAUGCCUUGGACUGGAGCACGCGUGUAUGUUGCCAAGUGGAGCAAUGGCACGGUCGCAGAUGUUCGUCUUGUGGCUGGUGUCCCUGAGAAAGAAAGUGUUUCUCAGCCGAGGUGGGGUGUUGAUGGUACUUUGUACUUUACGAGCGAUCGCUCGGGCUAUUGGCAGCUUUAUCGGUCGAAGGCCGAUAGCCUGGAAACAGAGAGGUUGGCGCUUCGUGGGCUGGAAGAAGUCGAGUUCUCUCAGCCAGACUGGCGUCUUGGGAACUGCACGUAUGUGGGUCUUAGCGAAACCUCGAUGAUCGCUUCAUACUCCAAGAACACUCGGUGGGCGUUUAUACUGAUCGAUCUGACAAAUGACUCCUGGAGAGACCUCGACGUCCCAGUGACGGACACUAUCAUAAUAGCAGAUGAGCCUAUUUCGACCUCAGAGGUCGCUCUUCUUGGUUCCAGCGAAACUACUCUGAGCACUGCAUUUACCCUGAGUAUCGGCGAGACGGCCAAACUCAAUGUGAUCAAAUCGGCUUCCGAUUUCGCGAUGCCAGUCUCUCUCAUCUCCCACCCGGAGCAUAUCUCUUUCCCCAGAGUGUACGGUACAAACCACAAAGGACAGUCGCACGCCAUCUACUACCCACCCCAGAACCCAGAUUAUCAAGCGCCUUCUGGAACAUUGCCUCCUUUGAUCGUCUGUGUCCAUGGCGGGCCAACCUCCGCGACAGGAUCGGGUCUCAACAUUACAGACCAAUACUGGACCUCGCGCGGUUAUGCUGUUGUGUGGGUGAACUACGGAGGUAGCUCUGGAUAUGGUAGAGAGUACCGAGACUCGUUGAACGGGCAAUGGGGUGAGCAACCAUCCCUGCUAGAGGAGGCUUACCAGAACUUCGAAACUGACUAUAUAUCAACAGGUGUCCUUGACACAGCCGACGCAGCCAGCUGCGUAGCCCACCUAACUUCCACAGGCAAAGUCGACAAAAACGGUGUCGGCGUGCGUGGCGGCAGCGCAGGCGGCUACAUCGUGCUGCAGGCGCUAUGCGACUACCCCGACAUCUUCUCCGGCGGUGCCUCGCUGUACGGCAUCGCAAACGUGCGCGCUCUCUGCCAAGACACGCACAAGUUCGAAAGCCAGUAUGCGUUCGCGCUGCUGUUCGAGCCGGGCGCCGAUGAGGCGGAGAAAAAUCGCAUUUUCCGUGAGCGUAGUCCGUGCUACAAAGCGGAUAAAAUCACAGCUCCGCUGCUGUUCUUGCAGGGUGACGAAGAUCGCGUUGUGCCGCUUAAUCAGGCGGAGGAGAUGGCUGAGAUGAUGAAGAAGGCUGGGCGGGAGUCCAAGUUGGUUGUUUUUAACGGGGAGGGUCAUGGAUUUAGGAAGGCGGAGAAUCGUAUUAGUGCGGUUGAGGAGGAAGAGAAGUGGUGGAAGAAGGCUCUGUUGAAGCUGUGA